AUGAGGUGUGAUAAGAUGCCUUCGAUUUCUAGGAAAAGACUGUCUAGAAGGAGUACUAACCGGAUACUAAGGAGUUUAGUAAGAGCACUUGCGGAUGUAGGCACUCCACGAGAGAGAUAUGUGUCAGAAUUAGCCUCUGAUAUGAGUAAAAGGAUCAGUCAGAGCAAACCCUCGACUUUCAAUGGUAAAAGGGAACCGUCGGAACUCGAACUCUAUUUAAGGGAAUUUGAUAAACUUUUUGAUGUAGUGGAGUGCCUAGAGGAACUGAAGGUCAACCAGGUUGCGUUUUAUUUGGUUGGUGAAGCCGACUAUUGGUGGGCAAAUAGUAGAUCUGGGUUACUAGAACAAGCUGAUGGAGUCCUUAAUUGGGAUUUGUUUAAAAGGGCUAUGCGAGAGAAAUUUUACCCUUUACACGUGAGAAAAGAUAAGUCAAACGAGUUCACUCGUUUGAAAAUGGGAGACAUGACUGUUGAUGAAUAUUAUCGAAAAUUUAUGGGAUAUAUUCAGUACUGUCCUGAUGAUGUUCCCACUGAGGAGAAAAAGAUGCAGCGAUUUGAACUGGGAUUGUUGUAUGACAUUUAA